AGACGAUCGCUACGCCAUUAGCUCGGCUAGACAAUUGAAUUUAAAAACCUCUUUGUCACAUUAUUGAAGCCCCGAUGGACUAUUGUGAAGUGUUUUAAAUUAAACUUAUGAAAUGAACUUUAAGUUUAAGAAUAGAAAAAAUGCGACAAGUACCCUAUGAAAUAUGAAGACAUCGACCGGUCUAAUCUUACUCCUACACUUAUCACUUCAUACAGUCGACGAGGGGCUUGCUAUAAAUCCGAGUUGUACGUGUGUCCGGUUCACGUCGACGUACGGCAAGGAGCGCGGCACGUUCAGCAGCCCCGACUACCCGCGCCCCUACCCCGCGCGCCUCGACUGCCUCCUCUACACGUUCGUCGCCGCACCGCACGAGAUCGUCGAGCUUGUCUUCACUGACUUCGACAUCUAUAAGGAGCAUCUUGAGUGCAUACAUGGUGAUUAUCUGAAGGUCUACUCCGAAGGUGGCAUCCACGGACCUGGUCCACCUGGUAUCAACGAGUAUUCUGCGUGGUCCAGAGCUCUCUGUGGCAGUAGGGUCGACGCUCCACCGGCGGUCUACUCUCAUGGACCACUCCUGGUGCUCGAGUUUCAUUCUGCAGCCAAAGCUUCUAACGCUACCGGCUUUAUUGGGACUUACAGGUUUAUUGAUAGACGUAACUUCGAAACAGAUGGAGUGAAGGUCCCAGAAACAUGGUGUGACUACGUGUUCAAUUCGCAGCCAAAUAGACCCUCCCACGGUCGGCUGUACAGUCCUAGAUACCCUUCAAGUUACCCAAGCAACGUGAGGUGUACUUAUCAUUUUAAUGCCAGACAAAACGAGAGGAUCAAGUUAGUUUUUGAAGAAUCGUUCCUACAGAAAGGCGAUGAGAGCUGCCUCAACCGAGCUGAUAUAAUAAAAGUAUUCGACGGCAGAGUAGCGACGGCACCUGUCCUUGCAAUGUUAUGCAAUGAAGUUGUAGGAUAUGAAAUUCUCUCCACCGGCCCUGAUCUCCUGGUACAAUUCACAGCCAACUCCAACACACCUGGACAGGGGUUCAAAGUCAACUACCAGUUCGAAGUGGAAGACAAUUCUAGCACAGCAGAUCCUGAUUUGAAUAAGAAGUCGCCAGAAUCAGUAUUAGGUCUAGGACCAGCAGUAAGCGCUGCGACGUCGUCCUGCCAUCAAGUAUUCAGAAGCGAUAAGAGCAAGACGGGGAAAUUGGUAUCGCCUCUAUACCCCGCGCCGUAUCCACAGAAAACGCAAUGUCACUACGACUUUUUGGCGAGAGGACGAGAGCGAGUCAGAUUGGUCUUUGAGGACUUUAGUCUGCAAAGGAUGACAGGGAAUAUUAUUGACUGUGAAAGCAUGGAUUCACUAGACGUAUUUUUGUAUGUAGACGGAAGAUUAGAGAAGAUGGCUUCGUAUUGUGGGAACGAGAUACCAAAGCCAAUAAUGUCGAAUGGACCAAAAUUAUCGAUCGAGUUUCGUGGUAUAUACUCGUCGAGACAUAGCAGGGGAUUUAAAAUUUCCUAUUCUUUUGUUGAAGAUUACAGAAUCGCAAUAGGGAACCAACUUUUAGAAUUUCCAUGUGCCUUCGUAUACAAUAGCAGCGAGAGGGCAAAAGGGAUUGUGACGUCACCGAACUUCCCAGGCCUGUACCCUCGCGACACUGAAUGCAAUUACUUCUUCUAUGGCAACGAGAACGAGAGAGUGCAUUUACUUUUCACAUACUUUGACGUAGAAGGAGUGGUGCCAUGCGAAGCGGUGUCAGCCAGUGAUUACGUACAGUUUUCAAGUCAUAUAAUUGAAUCGGAUAGUCACAGGCAUUGUGGCCAAAUAAAAGAGCUCCAGGUGACGUCUGACAAGAAUUUCCUUAGAAUUACAUUUAAAUCUAACAGUAGACUAGAUGGUACGGGUUUUAAAGCCGACUACAUCUUUUUGAGGGAAUCUGAAAUGCACAGUAUGACCAUGCCGGAUUCUGUUGACAAUGGCUCAAAUCAAAGCUCCAGGCUAGUUUUAUUUAUGUUCAAUGUAAUAUUAAUAGCAAUACUUACAAUCUACCAUCAAUUCUAACGGGAAGUCACAGUAGAUACAUGUUGAAUAUAAUAAAGACGAAUUAUCAAAUUAAA